AUGGAGUCGGUUAAGAUAACAUCGGUUAUUUUGUUAUUAUUAUUAUUAUUAAAUGAAUCGAUAAGCAAAACCUUAAGUGAAAUGAAAAAAGAUGGCGACGCUUGGAAUGAGAAAAAAUAUGUCGUUGAUUCUAAACAUUUAAAGUCUGAACCGUACGUUGAAGAAGCCAUGUUGGAUGUACUCAAACCGGUAAAUAUAAAAUAUAUUCAAUUAGAUCCCGGGUUUGCCGGUAACCAAGGUGGCAGUCAAAUGGAUCCAGGAUUUGCCGGACCCCAACAUCAGGACAACAUUCAAUUAGAUCCAGGAUUUGCCGGUCCCGGACAACAAGGUGGUAGCCAAAUGGAUCCUGGAUUUGCUGGAUCAGGACCACAAGGUGGCAGUCAAUUAGAUCCUGGAUUUGCUGGACCCGAACAUCAGGACAAUAUUCAAUUAGAUCCAGGAUUUGCCGGUCCCGGACAGCAAGGUGGCAGCCAAAUGAACCCUGGACAUCAAGGCGACAUGCAAUUAGACCCUGGAUUUGCUGGCCCCGAACAUCAGGACAACAUUCAAUUAGAUCCAGGAUUCGCCGGUCCCGGACAACAAGGUGGCAGUCAAAUGGAUCCUGGAUUUGCCGGUAAUGGAAACCAAGGAGGCAGUCAAAUGGAUCCUGGAUUUGCCGGUAAUGGAAACCAAGGUGGCAGUCAAAUGGACCCUGGAUUUGCUGGAUCAGGACCGCAAGGUGGCAGUCAAUUAGAUCCUGGAUUUGCCGGACCCGAACAUUUGGAUCACAUUCAAUUAGAUCCAGGAUUCGCCGGUCCCGGACAACAAAGUGGCAGUCAAAUGGAUCCUGGAUUUGCUUUGCCUGGAUCUCAAAACGACGCCCCCUUAGAUCCCGAAUAUUCUGCUCCUAGACCUCAAGAUGAUCCUCAAGGAGAAAGCCAAUUAGACCCUGGAUUCGCUAUGCCUGGAUCUCAAAACGACGCCCCCUUAGAUCCCGAAUAUUCCGCUCCUAGACCUCAAGACGAUCCUCAAGGAGAAAGCCAAUUAGACCCUGGAUUCGCUAUGCCUGGAUCCCAAAACGACGCCCCCUUAGAUCCCGAAUAUUCCGCUCCUAGACCUCAAGACGAUCCUCAAGGAGAAAGCCAAUUAGACCCCGGAUUCGCUAUGCCUGGAUCUCAAAACGACGCACCCUUAGAUCCCGAAUAUUCCGCUCCUAGACCUCAAGACGAUCCUCAAGGAGAAAGCCAAUUAGACCCCGGAUUCGCUAUGCCUGGAUCUCAAAACGACGCACCCUUAGAUCCCGAAUAUUCCGCUCCUAGACCUCAAAAUGAUCCUCAAGGAGAAAGCCAAUUAGACCCUGGAUUCGCUAUGCCUGGAUCCCAAAACGACGCCCCCUUAGAUCCCGAAUAUUCUGCUCCUAGACCACAAUACGAUCCCCAAAAUCCCCUGUUACACUCAUAA